AUGAAAUUUUCAUUAUUUGCUCCAACAAUUGAUGAUGUUAAACUUAUAUUAGAUGAUAAAGAGAUUGAUAUGGAUAAACAAUCUGAUGGACGAUUUAUAUGUACUGUUGAUAAUAUAUUCAAUGGUGAUCAUAAAUAUAAAUUUCGAAUAAAAAAAAAGAAUGGAUUUGAGAAAUGUGCAUUAUUUCGAAGUGAAAAUGGAAAAGAAUAUCAUGAAGAAUUUCAUUGGAAAUAUGAUCAAAUAAAAUUACCUGAAAAUAAACAAUUAGUUUUAUAUGAAAUGUUCGUUCAAGAUUUUGCUGAUAAUGGACAAUUUUCUGGUGUUAUUAACAAAUUAGAUUAUCUUGUUGAAUUAGGAAUUAAUGCUAUUGAAUUAACACCAAUUAUGGGAAUAGAAGAAGCAGAAAAUGAUACUUGGGGUUAUUUACCAAGUCAUUUCUUUUCUAUUAGAUCAUCAUACGGAACUAAAAAUGAUUUAAAAUUACUUGUUGAUGAAUGUCAUUCGAGAAAAAUACGUUAUUAUAAAGGAAAACAUCAUCCUGAUGAUCCAUAUAAUUGGGGACCAGAAUUAAAUUAUGACUUUCAAGAUCAACAAUUAAAAGUUGAACCAGCGGUGAAAUUUAUUAGUGAUGUUGUCAAAUAUUGGUUUGAAGAAUUUCAUCUCGAUGGAAUUAGAUUUGAUGCAGCAAAACAAAUGGAUAAUUUUGAAAUACUUGGUAGAUUAGAUCGUCUAGCUCGUUCAAUUCGUUCAGAUCAACUAUUUUUAUCUCAAGCUGAAUAUGUUCCAGAAAACAAAGAUAUAUGUAAAGAAAAUGGUGGUCCAGUUGAUGUUUGUUGGUCAGCAUCAUUUCAUCAUUGGUUAACAGGUUUUCUUACUUUAAAUAAAGAUCAAAUGACUAAACAUGGAACUUUAAGUGAUUUAAAAUAUUCAUUUUCAUCAAAAAAUCUUGUUAAUUAUUUAUCUUGUCAUGAUAAUGAAAGAUUACUUCAUGAUAUUGGAAAAAAAGAUUCAGAUGCAUUUAUUCGAAUGGAAACAGCAGUUAUUCAUUUAUUUACAUCUGUUGGAAUACCAAUGAUUUGGCAAGGAGAAGAACUUGGAGAAGAUAGACAAAUUGAUGUUUUAAAAGAUAAAAAAAAACAUUAUCCAAUGCCAUGGAAUUUUCUUCAAAAAGAUUUUAAUCGUCGUCUUUUUAAUUUAUUUCAAAAUUUAAUUAAACUUCGUCGUUCAAAUAAAGAUCUACAAGAAGGACCAAUUAAUUUCUUUUUUGAAGAUGAAAAUAAUCGAAUACUUGCUUAUUCUCGUGGUUUAAAUUUAAUUAUUAUCACAAAUUUUGAUCAAAAACCUAAAUUGAAAUAUAUUAUUUCAAAUCUUCCUCAACAAGGAAAAUGGAUUGAUUAUCUUACUAAUGAACAAGUUGAUGUUGAUCAAGUUAAUAAUUUAACAUUGACCUUAUUACCAUUUCAAUCAAGAUUAUUUAUUAAACAUAUUUAA